CAGGCUCCACCCAUGGACUCUGUUUUCAGUACAGAAGUCAGUGGAAGACCUGGAUAGGGAGUAAGUGCACUGCGCUUAGAAAACUGCGGCUGGAAACUAGCAGUAGUUUCCGAGCCCAGAGAAGGGGAAGCAGGAACGGAUUUGGAAGAAGAUAUUGCAGUCACCUUUCCAUCUAAGGAAAAGCUAGGAACCUUCUCAUUUUGCUUCAAGAAAAUAAAGCUAUGAGUCAGCGUUUGCCAAAAGUCUACUAAUUGGGUGAAACAGCCUUCGCUCCGGAUUUGACGUCUGCUGCAGCUUUCUAUUGCAGCACAGCCAGUUCCUUACCCUGAAGCUGAUAAGCUCUGGAAUGUCGGCCAAACGCCACUUCCUGCUAUAAACAGAGUCAGAUCUCGAAACGGACGGUUUUUUUCUCUUCCGAGUAAUGGCGCUUACCAUCUUCAUCCUCCGGCUGGCCAUCUCUAUCCUGGCGUCUCCCAUAUACUUGCUGAACCUUCUGGGCUUGUGGAGCUGGCUAUGCAAAAAAAUGUUCCCCUACUUGAUGGUGAGGCUCAGUGUGAAGUACAACGAAGAGAUGGUGAGCAAAAAACGCGAGCUGUUCAGCAACCUGAAGGAGUUUGCAGGCCCUUCCGGGAAGCUCUCCCUGCUGGAGCUGGGCUGUGGCACCGGGGCCAACUUCAAGUUCUUUCCGCCUGGAUGCAGUGUGACCUGCGUUGACCCCAACCCCAACUUUGAGAAGUUCUUGAUCAAGAGCAUUGCUGAGAAUCGACACCUGCAGUUUGAGCGCUUCGUGGUGGCUGCGGGGGAGAACAUGCACCAGGUGGCCGACGGCUCCAUGGAUGUGGUGGUCUGCACCCUGGUCCUGUGCUCCGUGGAGAACCAGGAGCGGAUCCUCCAGGAGGUGUGCAGAGUGCUGAGGCCGGGAGGGGCUUUUUAUUUCAUGGAACACGUAGUAGCUGAGCGUUCAACCUGGAAUUACUUCUGGCAGCAGGUCCUGGAUCCGGUCUGGUACCUUCUGUUUGACGGGUGCAACCUGACCAGAGAGAGCUGGAAGGCCGUGGAGAAGGCCAGCUUCUCCAAGCUGAAGCUGCAGCACUUACAGGCCCCGGUGUCCUGGGAGCUGGUGCGCCCUCACAUCUAUGGAUAUGCUGUGAAAUAGUGCGAGUGAGGAAGUAGAGCACUAACUGAAUGGCCUAAAUAAUUUCAGGCUUCAGUUUCACAGUUUAAAAUAUUAAUUGGGAGAAGAGAAACCCUUUUUUAGGUAAAGUUGAAUUUCAUCCCAAAAAGUUUACAUUAUAUCCUACUUAGCCAUUUUCUACUGUCUCCCAAAAAAUCAAAAACAAAACAGCUUUGGACUCUCCUUUAAAAGGAAAUAGUGAGAUUUGGUAAUUGAAGUCUACCAUUAUCCCCAAACCUUAUUCAGUACCUCCAAAAUGUUUUCACCUGUCUCAAGUGGCAACCCAACAGAUUUAAAUUUCACCCCCUUUUUGAGAGCUUGGUGAAAUAAGCAGUUAAAUCAUGCAAAAGAAGACUUUGUAAAAGGAGAAAUAAGAAGAUCUUAAUGACUGACAAACUGAACAAAGACAGAUGAGCUGAAAGUCCAAAUCUAAAUAGCACAGAUUUGUUAAAAAAAAUCUGAAUCUAUUUGUUGGUCUUAGUGUCACUGGGCUGGCUCUCAAAAUUAAUGUACCAGGAUGUUGUCCCUAGUUCUGCGACCUCUGGCACACCUUUUAUUCCACUGUCCACCCAAGUGUGUUUUUCUGCAUUCCUGUCUUCAAUUCUUAAGAUGAAAAAUAUAUCUGACACUUGAGUAUAUUCAUGAAACUAUCUAUGUUCUUGGGUUCAUUUUCCUUAUAAUCUAGCAUAUACUUUGCUGAAUGUAGUAAAUUGCAGGCAAGAAAGAGACCCACUGUAAUUAGGAAAACCUUGUGUAAUUAGGGAAACGUAUAAUUAGGUACACUUUGUAAGAGCCCCUAAAAACCAGGCAACCUAUGAGUCUGUAAUGAAAUGGGUAUUUUUUGGAUUAUUCGGAUCAAACUUCCACCCCAUCCCAACACGAUGUCUUUGUUCGCAGCAACUGUGGAAACCUCUGAAAAUCAUAACAAGUGCUUUCAAAAUAAUCAUUGGGGUGAUCAGUCAGAGGAUUUAAGAGUGGGAUUUUUCAGCAAUAGUUUGCAUGUAUUUUAAUAAAUUUGGUAUAUUUCUGAGAUGAUUUUUGCAAAAGGACUAUUUUAAAUAUAAAAUCAAUAAAUUCAUAUGCAUUUUAGGAACAAAUAAAAUAAAUGGUUUAUAUA